AUGGCAGCAAAGAUCCUGAAGACCACCUCUGUUAGUUCAGGAAUGCGGCUCUGUUACACCAAUUUCAAGACCGCAUUCCUGCGCCACUUCAUCAGCAGCAGGAAAUAUCAAAAAACUGACCAUUGUCUGUUUGCUCUGAAGCAAGGGCCCUCUGAGCCGUUAAGAAGCUAUAUCAAACGCUUCAACCAAGUGGCCCAGGAUAUCCCCGCAGCCACAUCGGAAAUACUCAUGAGCACCUUCUCUCAUGGUCUGACAGAAGGAGAAUUCUUUAAGGAUCUCAUCAGAAAUCCCGUAAAGAAUUUCGAUGAGAUGCUGGAGAAGGCGGCCAGCUACAUCAAUGUGGAAGAAGCGCAGGUGGCUCGAAGGAAGGCAGACCAACCGCCUUCUUCUGCCAACAAGCCAGAAAGAAGAGUACCCCAACCGCCUGCUCAACCUCUCCCGCGUGCUCGGGAUGCCCGACCUACUUUCCACCCUGGUUAG